AUUCUAUUCAAAUUCAAAUCCUAAAAACUUAUAACAACCUUAUUGGACUCUGAACAUGGCUUCUAAUUACAAACUUCCCCUAACUUUCGCUGCACUGCUGGCCCUUCUUGUACUGUUACCCACACUCACAGUGGGAGAGCUUGUACAAGAACAGCCUCUAGUUCUCAAAUACCAUAACGGCCAACUCCUUAAAGGACGCAUCACCGUUAAUCUCGUAUGGUACGGAACAUUCACCCCCAUCCAACGAUCGAUAAUCGUCGAUUUCAUCAACUCUGUUAGCACCACCGGUGCUCCUCUCCCAUCAGCCGCAGCAUGGUGGAAAACCACCGAGAAAUACAAGGUAGGAUCCUCUGCCAUAAUCGUAGGAAAACAGUUCCUGCAUCCGGCUUAUACUCUCGGGAAGAAUCUAAAAGGAAAGGAUCUCCUCAGUUUAGCCACCAAGUUCAACGAACUUUCUUCCAUCACCGUUGUUCUUACCGCCAAAGACGUUAACGUUGACGGCUUCUGUAUGAGUCGCUGCGGGACCCAUGGCUCUGUUCCACGUGGCAACACUGGAGCAAGAACUCCUUACAUAUGGGUUGGAAACGCUGAGACACUAUGUCCCGGCCAGUGCGCGUGGCCUUUUCACCAGCCAAUUUACGGCCCACAGUCACCGCCGCUUGUGGCACCUAAUGGCGACGUAGGUGUUGACGGAAUGAUCAUCAAUUUAGCCACGCUUUUGGCUGGUACUGUCACGAAUCCCUUUAACAACGGGUACUUUCAGGGGCCGGCGACAGCGCCGCUAGAAGCUGUUACGGCUUGUACGGGGGUUUUCGGUAGUGGAGCCUACCCGGGUUAUGCGGGUCGGGUUCUUGUCGAUAAAACUACUGGUUCGAGUUAUAAUGCGCAUGGUGCUAACGGGAGGAGGUUCCUUCUGCCCGCAAUGUGGGACCCGCAGACUUCGGUAUGUAGGACUCUUGUUUGAAAAUGGGACCGUAGAAUGGACACGUGUCAUUAUAUUGUGUACCGGGUUGUGUAGAUAUAUAAUGAUAUGGUGGGUUGAUAAAUACCAGAGUAGAUGAAUGCUCGAUCUCCGGGACUGACUAGGAGGUGGUGUUUGUGUUUGAGGCCUUCCCACAUUUGUAGGCCUACUAUAUAUUCAUCUAAUACAUUGUUCAACUUGUGUAUUAAUCCGUUUAUAAAGAUUGUAAAUGUACCAUGUAAACAUUGAAGUUUAUGAAAAAAUUUGAAUAAUUUUAUUUAAAAA